AUGGCACCUAAUGGAAAGGAAUUGGGAACAGAUGAUUUAAAAGGUCUUGGUGGAACAACUGAUCUAUCCCCAACUCCUGGACCUCAUCAUGAAAUUAAUGCUUGGUCCGGUCCAGGACAAGCAGCAUUUGACUUUCGCAGCGAUGUAGUGACUACUCCCACCAAAUCUAUGCUAACGGCCAUUCAAAACACUACCCUUCUCGAUGACGUCUUCGCCGAGGAUCCAACAACCAAUUCACUCGAAUCAUACCUUGCGCAAAUUACCGAGCAUGAGUCCGCCAUUUUUGUCCUCUCCGGUACAAUGGGUAAUCAAAUUGCUCUCCGCUCUCAUCUUACUCAACCUCCCCACUCCGUCCUCUGCGAUCAUCGUGCACAUAUUCUUGAAUGGGAAGCUGGCGGUACUGCAUCCCUGUGCGGGGCUCUCGUCAAGGGGGUUGUGCCGAGUAAUGGUGUGUACUUGACUCUGAAGGACGUAGAGAAAUAUGUUACGAUUAGUGAUGAUAUACAUUCAUGUCCAACGAGAGUUAUAAGUUUGGAAAAUACAUUGGCGGGUACUAUUAUGCCACUUGAGGAAGUCAAGGCCAUAGCAGGGUUCGCAAGGAAACAUGGUAUAAAAGUCCAUAUGGACGGAGCUAGGAUCUGGGAAGCAGUUGUUGCGGGAGCUGGAUCAUUGUCGGAUUUCACGAGGGAAUGUGAUAGUGUGAGUUUAUGUUUUAGCAAGGGACUAGGAGCUCCAGUAGGUAGUAUACUAGUUGGCAAGAAAGAUUUCAUUAAACAUGCUCGAUGGGUACGAAAGAGUAUUGGAGGUGGACUCCGUCAAGCUGGCGUAUUGACAGCGGCUGCGAGAGUUGCGGUUGAUGAAACAUUUGGAAAGGGUCCGAAUGGAGAAGGAGGUCUCUUGCGUGAAAGUCAUAAGACAGCAAAAAAGAUCGCAACGUUAUGGGAAGGAUUAGGGGGGAAAUUGCAGCAGCCGACGGAAACUAAUAUGGUAUGGUUAGAUUUAGAAGAUGCGGGGAUUUCAGCGGGAGAAUUUAGGGAGAUGGGGAAGGAACAGGGUUUGAAGCUUUUGGCUGGGAGAUUAGUGGUACAUUAUCAAAUUGGAGAAGAGGCAGUGAAGAAACUGGAGGGGAUUAUGAAGGUUAUUUUAGAAAGGAAGGGAAAGGGUAUUGAGGUCGCGAGUAAAGAGAAAAAAGUUGGUGAGAAGGAUUAUGGUACUUGA